GGAAUGGCUGAAUAAUUUUGUUAAUUUCCUUCACACUGAACAUAAACAUCAUAUCCGAAGUUUAACCAUAAUGUCGGAAGAAGCUGUUUAGUAACGGUUGACAAUUCUACAAUUACUCACAUCUCAAAUCGGCAAAAGAAACAAUUUCUGGUAUGCAACACAAUUUUCCAAUUAUGACAUUUUUAAUCGUUCUAUGAUUUGGAAUAAGGCCUCCCAGUGAAAUUCCUCAUGUGAAUUAUUCCAAAAUAACAACACGUGCACUUGUACUGAACAUAAAAUUCCUCCCCCCUACAACACAACAUGGCAACAGGUGUACUGACCACGUGCUUCCUAUGUUUGUUUAACCACGCGAGUUUCCAUGGCGCCCACGAUUUGCUAGGGAAACCAAAAGUACCGUAUUUGUGUAUCAUAAAUAACAUUUUCAUCAAAAUUCGUUGUCUGUUUACAUCGCAAAUUUCCUCUCUCACCGUGAACAUAAUUUUUUCACUGAAAACUGUUCCAAAUCCUGGAUAAAAUGUGACCAAAGUGAAAGUUUUCGAAUGUUUAACUAUGGAACUUAGUUUGUACGGGUCCCAGGUAAGUGUAAUCUCGCUAAAAUGUGUUUUUUCAUUAUCAUCAAUUUACAGCCACGAAAAAACGGCAAUUGUUUAUCCACACAGAUCAACCUAGCAACGCGCGAAAAAACCACCCCCACAAACAGCCCUGCAGGUGGAGGAGCGGGACCGUAUCGGCCGGGUUCGGCCUUCAACAGUAGUCGUCCUUUUCCUGCGCACAUCAGGCGCCCGCUGUCGGCUGACAGUCAGAUUCGCCGAAAGUCCUCGCUCGGACCGCCAUCGGGAUUCCUUUCGAAACGUAGCACAUCGUCGUCCAGUCUGCUGAAGUCACUGCUGGCGGAACCAAUUUCGCGCUAUUGGGGCUCGAAAACGCUCACAGCGUCCGCGCCAUCUUAUGCCACGGGGGGAAGUGGUGGUUAUCAUUCUUCUUCGAAGCAGAUGUCAAAGGUGAAGAGCAAGAAGAGAAGUUCUGUGGCUAAGAAAAAAGUGCUCGAUUGUAGUUCGGAAGAGGAUAGCAGCAUGGACGAAGACACGCAGGAGUCGAAUAAUGAGACUGAACUGGAGAAUAUUUGGUCCGGUGAUGGGCUGAAGAUUGCGCCCGGCAUAGACAGAAAGCCGCCACUACCAAGGUUAGUUGGGAGGAAGACUUACCCGAAGAAACCGGUGAGCAAUGUUCCGAAGUUGGAGAAAAAACUGGAUUUACCAGGAAGGGUUUCGUUCAGCUCGAAUGACCCUUAUGAGAUUGACUACAGUGACUAUGAAAAUGAUCUUGCGAUGCAAAAACCGCGAAGAAUGGAAUCGACCUAUGAUGAAGCAAAGUUUCAGGAGCCGUUGAUGGAUUCCUUACCGAAAGCACGGUCGAAUCCAGCGAAGUUUGAGGAUGAUUUAACCAGUUCCGGAUAUGAAACUAGGGAGGAAAAAGCGGAAAAGAUGGUCAAAUUCGAUUCAACACCCGAUUCGUUCUUCGACGAGGAGGACUCCAAUAAAAUCAUUGAGGAUUACAAGAAAGAGAUCGAAGAUAUCAAUCGCAGGAGAGAUAUGGAGUUGAAAUUGGUGCAUUCGGAGGGAGGUAAGCAGUAUGAUCCGAAGCAGUUCACAACAGUGGAGAUUGUUGAGACAUUUGUCGAAGAAACGUACAAAUUUGCCAGUUGCACAAGUACGGUUGAAGAUACUGAUAAUGAGAGUGAGAAACCAUGUGGAAGUGUUUCGGGUCCCAAAAAGGAUGUUAUCAACGAAUACUAUGAGUGUAUUAAUGAAAUCAUAAAUCAGCAGGGUGAUAAGAAACAUAGGAAAGAAGGCAAAGAGGACGUUUUGAUGUUGAAUUUGAACAAUGAAUCGAAGCCGGCUCCUGGGGAUAAAAACUUUCAAUCGAACCAGUCAUCUACGAAGUCGGUGUUGUUGAUGGACAAGAACAAACUGGAAGGUAAUUCGAAUCAGGUUAUCAAAAACUAUUUCAAGGCGAAGGAACAGAACUUCAAUGAGACGAAAUGUAAUAAAUCCAACCAGAAGAACAAUAAUCUGGUCGGCAGAAAGAAUGGGAAGGCUUUGGAGAAACCAAAGUCAGCGGAUGCCCACAAAUCAAUUCUUCGGAACUCGAAGAAAAACAAUGUCGGUAGUAAGUUCUCCGCAUCGUUAUGCCGACAGGAUAGUAACAUUUCCGAGUUCCAAAUGGAAAAGGUUGUCAGCUGGAUGUCCUGCAAUGAGGAUACCUUUCCGAAACCAUACGAAAGCCAUGCGGACGCUGGUGGGAUGUUGAGCUUGGUCGAACCAAAGUGUCGGGCGGUGACUCCAUCUGACUUGAACAAGACGGAUGACGAAUCGAAUUUCAACUUUGAUCAUGGACGGGUGGAAACGGCCGACAGUGAGCAGACCAAUUUUGACGUUGAGUCAAUGGCGAGUGAGAUCAUCAAUAAACCCAAUUCGGACUUCCAAGCCCUCAAGAACGAGGUAGAAUUUCGCUUGAGCAACAUCCUGGACUCACGGGACUCCCCGGACAGUAGUGGUCAGUUUCAACCGGUGGAUCGUGACAAGGAUAAAGUGAAGGAUCUUUUCUCUUAUCUCGAUCAGGUCGAGAUGAAGUGUGAGAAGAGCCUUAAGAUGGGUGCUCCUUCGGAGUCGGAUCGAUCGGAGAUGGAUUUUGCGGCGGAGCCGGAUUACAUGGAAACGGUUCCCAAGUUAUCCGAUUUGCUAGAGAUUCCCAUCCACCAACUAGCCCGACGGGUGAUCAAACUUUCACUACGUGCCAAUGAGCUGAGUAACGCGAUGCACCUCUCCAAGGAUCAUUUGUCGAACGUGAAGGCAGACAAAAUGAAGGCAGUGCGAGCGGAGAAGGUAGUCUUCCAGAACAAACUGAAGGAGCAGAAGAAGCACUACGAAGAUAUCAUUGGUCGGCAUCAGGAGUUCAUCGAUCAGUUGAUCAAGGAUAAGUCUGGUUUGUGCGAUAAAGUCACACAGUUGACCAGACGGAUCGAAUCACAGAACCAGAGUUGGGAGCACAGACUGAAAACGGAGCUUGACAAGGCAAAAGACACCGCACUGGCAGGCGAGAAGAUUCGAAGGGAGAAGUGGGUUAGGGAGAACACUAAGAAGAUCAAGGAACUUACGGUUAAGGGCUUGGAACUGGAAAUCAACAAGAUGACUGCGACUCACCAGAAAGAGAUAGCAGAGUUGAAGCGUCAGCACAAGGAUGAGAUGCUCGUAGCGAUUUCCGAGCUGAAAUUGCAGUAUGAACAAAAGGAGGCUGAUAUCAGACAGAAUCUGUUGAAGGACAGAGAAUCCUUCAUUGAGAAAGAAAGACAGGCCCUGUUGGAAAGAUUCGAUAAGCAGGUCUGUGAAGAACGAGUGAUUUUCGAACAGCAGCGUCAGCAUCUUCUGAACGAGUUUGAAAUAGAAAAGGAGCGGAAUCUGAAGGAGUUGAAGAAUCGCAAUCAGUACUUCGAAACACAGAUUCAGCAAUUGAAGAAAGAAAAUUCGAACAACUUGGAAUUCUCUCGAAACGAAUACGUUCAGAUGUUGAAGGACAGAGAGAAUAAACACAAGGAGGAUUUGGCUAAGCUGCAAAAUCAACUGGAAGCAGAUUUCGCCAUAUGGAAGAAGAAGCACGAAGAAACGGCCAAAAUGACCAUGGAGGAACGCGAGAAUAACCUCCGGCAGCAGAUGAGAGUAGAACGGGAUCAGCAGAUCGAUCGAAUCGUUGCCAAAGUUGACGCUGAGACGCAAAAAUAUCAACAGGAUUUUGAUGCCAAAAUGGGUCGUCUGAAGGAGAAACACCAGGUGGAGAUGCGUGAGCAGGAAGCCUCGGAGGCUCUACUUAAGCAGAAAUAUCAAGACACUAGAGCUAAACUUGCCGAAACGGAAGCUGCUACUCAAAACAUGAAAGCAUCAAUGAAGCAGUUGGAGCUGCAGUUGAAUCAUUCGAAAAAACUAUGCGAAGAUCUACUGCGAGAAAAGGAAACGAUGAAAGACGAAGCUAGACGGGAGGUACAAAAGGACUUAUCUAACAUGCAGAAAGAACGCGAUAGGGAAAUCGAGAGGAUCUACUGCAGGGUCCAACAAGCGAUCGACAAAAAAGAUUCUACCAUAGGGAAUCUGCAGAAAGAAGUCGCAGCUCUCAAGGAACGUUGUCUCAAACAAGACGCCGUGAUCCGACAGCAGCGGAUCGACUAUUGUAUAAAGUAGAAUAAGAUAAUAGCAGCCAAAUGCUAGAAGGCACAUUGGAUCGAUUUUGUGUUAACACAAAUGUAUCGACCAAUUGUGGCAAAAAACAAAAAGUCCAGUUUUAGACGUAUUUUUGUCCAACGUAUUUUGAAUA